AUGUACGUAGAUGAAGCAUUGGCGGUCAUUCGGAAUUUAAGAGAUGGAAAUACCUUUGGGGCAAGUGGUAGCCCCCUCGCGUGGGACAUUCUAGCCAGAGUCUUUCAAGACAGGUGCGCUGCCCUAAUCCAUCAAAUGUUUCCCCGCCAACGCACACCCGUCACCUUUCCGCUAACCUGCGAGCCAAUGUUCGCCGCUUGGUCUGCCUUUCCGUGCGAUGUAUCUCCCCGAGCGGCAACCCCUCUUCCUACCACCACCACAACAACAACAACUGCUUCAUCCUGCUAUCACACAUCCUCAUCAUCACCACCACCACCACUGCCGCCAUCAUCGUCUCCUUCAUCGUCGACCACCGUUUCAUCGUCACUCUUCGUUGCAUCCGAGGUUUCACCGUGCUCGACGUCCUGUGCGUACGCUGAAGGAGCACAGCGGGAUGGGCGUGUCCUUAAGAUGGUAAGGAGUGGUCCCCAGGUGACCAUCCCCUCUGUCAGGCUGCCAGAGUACCCCUGGGUCAGUGAUACCCCUCCCAUGCUGUUGGACUCCAAAGGAAAGGAUCAACCCCAAGAUACAGAAUCAUUCAAAUCAGAUAUUUUGUUCAUUUCAGGCUCAUCAUCUGGUCGACGCAUUAGGACCGCGUUCACGACGACACAGCUCCUCGAACUCGAGCAGGAGUUCCGUCUCAACCAUUAUCUAUGUCGUCCUCGUCGCAUCCAAAUCGCUGCUUACCUUGAACUCUCCGAACGCCAGGUAAAGAUAUGGUUCCAAAAUCGGCGCAUGAAGCAGCGAAGACUCGAAUGCAAGGCACGCGGCGAUGGUAAAACCUGCACGGACUCGGCGACGCCCCGAUUGGACAAGGAACAAAAAGGUGAUGACGAUCCACCAAUCAAGAACAGGCUUAAGCAGGGCAAAGUCAGAUGUUCUGUAUCGACUGAUUCUAUAGGACAAAAGUUGAAUAUCAAUACAUCUACGUCACAGUUCGUAGAGCACGGUGACAGUGGAACCAUCGAUGAGGUGAAACAACAAUGGUAUAGCGAUAUAAUGCGCAAAUGUGACGUUUUAUGUGGUUCGCUUCUCAACGAACAAAAUUGUUCCUCUAAACCAGGCUGCGUUGUACUUACAUAGUUCCAAAAGAUUAAUGAAUUGUAUUUAAACAUACAGUUUUUUAGUUAUGGUUUAUUUAUUGUUCUUGUCUACUGUAGCAUUCUGCCAUACUUUGAUUUAUAAAGAUGGUGGAAACUUCUUUUCCAUGUUAUUAUGUAUAACAUUCAACUAAGCAAACUGUUCGAAAGGAGGUAAAAAGUAACGCACAUGCUCAUGCGAUUGAGAAAUACUUUGUGUUUUCAUGACUAAGGCUCAGCCUACUUUUUGUCAUGUUUUUGUUUUGUUUUCAUUACCAUACACACGAGAAACUUUCCAAGUAUGUUCUGGUAUAUUGAAUUCCAAAACGAGAAUAAUGUACGAAAAGGGUGAAAUGGACUGAGUACUGGGAACAUGAAGCCAGGCCUAAGUUGUUCUUAAAAUUGAGCUUCAAAACCUAAGUGAAGAAAAACGGUUAUCAAUUUAGAUAAAGCUAUAUUGACAAGGAAAGUGCCCUUUUCACCAUUUAAGCCACGCCAUUAGAUAUUUACUGUUUAAAGAUGGAAACCCAAAAUUACAGA